AUGGUGUCCUGGAUGAUCUCCCGGGCUGUGGUCCUUAUAUUUGGUUUGUUAUACCCAGCAUAUUCAUCAUACAAAGCUGUCAAAACCAAGAAUGUUCGAGAAUAUGUACGCUGGAUGAUGUACUGGAUUGUGUUUGCACUCUUUAUGACAGUAGAAACGUUUACGGAUGUUUUCGUUUCAUGGUUCCCAUUCUACUAUGAGAUAAAAAUGGCCUUUGUGAUCUGGUUGCUGUCUCCAUACACAAGAGGGGCCAGCUUGCUGUACAGGAAGUGUAUUCAUCCUGUACUGUCCAUAAGGGAAAAGGAGAUAGAUUCUUAUAUUGUACAAGCAAAGGAACGAGGCUACGAGUCUGUGGUCACUCUUGGUCGAAAGGGUCUGAAUAUUGCCGCUAGUGCUGCCGUGCAGGCAGCCACUAAGGGACAAGGAGCCCUGGUUGGGCGUCUGCGCAGUUUCAGUAUGCAGGAUUUACGGGAGCUCCCGGAUGAUGCCCCAAUACACUACAGAGACCCACUUUAUCCAGAUGCAGCUGAUCUCCAGCGACGCCCCAUAGGUUAUACCACUCAGUCCCAAGCUGACAGUGACUCUAUGGAUGAGAGGUGGUCUGAUUCAGAAACCAGAACUUCAGCGAGAACACGAGGUGGUCUGCCUCCAAAACCAUUACAGAGGAGCCAAAGCCUAAAGGUCACCAAGAAGAAGGGGCUAAGCAGAGAGGGAUCUGCAAAGAGCAGUAGACCACGAGCGAAGAAGAAGGUGGUUCAGUCUGAAUCAGAGAUGUAA